GUGGAACUCGGCCACAGAGGUUCUGAUUUUCAAUGCCAGCACAGUCUCUGAAAAAACGUUAAACUCCUGGUUUGGCACGUACAAGUGCAGAGUUUCUAACAAUUACCAAGAAGUGAAUGUUGAAUUUACUAUAUCUAAGAAAGGAAUUGUUGCCCCAAAAGUUGCUGAAACUGGAUUUGAACUUUGGUGGAUUGCCAUUAUAGUUGCUGUACUGCUGAUUAUUAUUAUUAUUCUUAUUAUAUUCUGUUGUAUCAAGAGAAACUAUCCUGGAGAAACUUAUCAGUUGGAAAAAACUGAACUUAAACAUCAUUUGAACCCAAAGGAAGAAUUGCUCAACCAAUCAUUUCCAGAAGUUUAA